UGAAAAUGUAAGGCCGAUAGCAAUAGUAUUUCUUAGAGAGUACAAUGAAGGCUGCUCUGUUGUUUGUUGCUGCGCUGGUCGCAGUUGCGGUGGUGCACGGACAACCAGAAGAGUCGACCAAUGCCGCCAUCGUGGGUGAGGAACAGCAGUCCGCCACCACCCCGGCUGUGAGAACAUUGGUGGCGGCGUCGUACGCGGAAGAAGACGAGGAUACUAUUUGUGUCCAGGCAGACAACAAGUUCUACUUGUAUGCCAAUUCACUGAAGCUGUAUUCUUGCUACAACCUGCUACCGAAGGUUUACGUGGUGAAACCAAAGAGUCUCUGUAAACCAACCCUGUCAGACUGCCCCAAGAACUAGAAGCAUUGCAAGUCCGUUGGCUCAGCUUGAAGAGACUGACUCGUCUGCGAUGGAGUGAAGACCAGGUGGCUGGCCUGCUGACUGAAGACAUCUACAAUAUUAAGAGAAAGCAAGAAAUCACGAGAGCGUCAGAACUUACCUCUUUUUCUAGCAACAAGAACUGGAGGAAUCGACUAAUCCUGUUUCAUGAUAGUUUCUGAUUGCUUCACGACAUGCAAUAAAUCACAGCAGCAUUACAUUUAGGCCAAAAACUGACUACAAAAACAUGUGUUCAAAAACAUGUAUUUCUGUUGGCCUUGUAAUAGUUUUAUACCAAGACAAUAAAACUGUAGUUUCAUGUCGUCAA